UUGGCCAUUGAACUUGAAUUGCGUUUGCCACCAGGGUUCAGAUUCCAUCCUACUGAUGAAGAGCUUAUCAUUCAUUAUCUAAACCAGAAGGUUUUCCCUUCCUCCAAUCAUCACCUAACGUUCUCCAUUAUAGCUGAUGUUAAUAUCUACAAGUUCAAUCCAUGGGAACUUCCUGAUAAGGCUUUAUUUGGUGAGAACGAGUGGUUUUUCUUUAGUCCAAGAGAAAGGAAGUAUCCGAACGGAACACGUCCGAACCGAGCAGCGGCAUCGGGAUACUGGAAGGCUACCGGGACCGAUAAACCGAUCAUCGCUUCUGCUGGUUCACAAUGCCUUGGAAUGAAGAAAGCUUUAGCGUUUUACAAAGGACGUCCUCCUAAAGGUGUAAAAACCGAUUGGAUGAUGAUUGAAUAUAGACUGCUCGAUGAUUGCUUUGUAUCUCAAAGACCUAAAGGAUCAAUGCAAUUGGAUGAUUGGGUUCUAUGCCGAGUUAGUCACAAAGGCAAAGCUCCAUUGGCUGGUGGGUACUUACAAGGUCAAGAGAUGGCAAUACAAAUCACCAUUGGAAUCAAUGAAUAUGAUCAUCAGUUACCUACAAUGGACCAGAUGGUCGGCCUUGAAAGUGAAGAGCUCGAUGAAAAGGUGUUUCAAGAAGGGUCCCCAGAGUAUCCUCCAACACCCAUUGAUACCAGUAUGAGAGAGGUGCUGAAGUCCAUUGAGAGGGUACUGUCUGUUGGAGCUUUGGAUGAAAUGGUAAAGGCUUCUUCAAGUAACGAUGGUGUGUGA